AUGAAAUACGUUGUAGUUUCAGGUGGUGUUAUAUCUGGUAUCGGUAAAGGUGUCUUGGCAUCUUCAACUGGUAUGUUGUUCAAAACUUUGGGUUAUAAAGUAACUUCGAUUAAAAUUGACCCUUAUAUGAACAUCGAUGCGGGUACAAUGUCCCCUUUGGAACAUGGUGAAUGUUUUGUCUUAGAUGAUGGUGGUGAAACCGAUUUGGAUUUGGGUAAUUAUGAGCGUUAUUUAAAUGUAACACUAACCAAAGAUCAUAAUAUUACUACUGGUAAAAUAUAUUCUCAUGUUAUUCAAAAAGAAAGAAAAGGUGAUUAUUUGGGUAAAACUGUCCAAAUCGUCCCUCAUUUGACUAAUGCCAUUCAAGACUGGAUUGAACGUGUUUCAAAAAUUUCUGUAGAUGAUACUGGCUUAGAACCUGAUGUCUGUAUUAUUGAAUUGGGUGGUACUGUUGGUGACAUUGAAAGUGCUCCUUUUGUAGAAGCUUUAAGACAAUUCCAAUUCAGAGUUGGUAAAGAAAAUUUUGCAUUAAUUCAUGUUUCUUUGGUGCCAGUUAUUCAUGGUGAACAAAAGACUAAACCAACUCAAGCCGCUAUCAAAGAUUUGAGAUCAUUGGGUUUAACUCCUGAUAUGAUUGCUGUGAGAUGUUCUGAGGUCUUGGAUUCACCUACUAUUGACAAAAUUGCUAUGUUCUGUCAUGUCAACUCUAAUCAAGUCAUUAAUGUCUAUGAUGUUAAUUCAACUUACCAUGUCCCAUUGUUAUUGUCUGAACAAAAAAUGAUGGAAUAUUUGGUUAAAAGACUAAACCUAGAUGAAGUUCAACUAAGUUCGGAAGAAAAGCUUAGAGGUGAACAAUUAUUCAAUAGUUGGAAAUUAAUGACAGGUAACUUUGACGAUUCUAUGGAAACUGUUUCAAUUGCAUUAGUCGGUAAAUAUACACAUCUAAAGGAUUCAUAUUUAUCAGUAAUAAAAGCAUUAGAACAUUCAUCAAUGAAAUGUCGCAAGAAAUUAGAAAUUAGAUGGGUUGAAUCUUCAGAUUUAGAACCUGAACAACAAGAGAUUGCUAAAAAACAAUUCCAUGAGGCUUGGAAUAAAGUUAGUACUUCAGAUGGUAUUUUAGUACCAGGUGGUUUCGGUCAUAGAGGUACUGAAGGUAUGAUUCUUGCUGCCAAAUGGGCUCGUGAAAAUCAUGUUCCCUACCUAGGAGUAUGUUUAGGUUUACAAAUUGCUACAAUUGAAUUCAUGCGUAAUAUUGUUGGAUUGAAGGAAGGUCAAUCAGCUGAAUUUUUCCCAGAUAUUGAAGCAAAGAAUCAUGUCGUUGUUUAUAUGCCUGAAGUUGAUAAAGAAAAUAUGGGUGGUACGAUGAGAUUAGGUUCUAGACCAACUCACUUCACUGAAGAUUCAGAAUCGAGCACAAUUAGAAGGUUAUAUGGUAACCAAAAAUUUGUAGAUGAAAGACACCGUCAUAGAUAUGAAAUUAAUCCGGAAUUCAUUGAAAAAUUAGAAGAGAAUGGAUUAAUGUUUGUAGGAAGAGAUGAAACCGGACAACGUUGUGAAAUCUUUGAAUUAAAAAAUCAUCCAUAUUACGUUGCUACCCAAUAUCAUCCAGAAUAUACCUCUAAAGUACUAGAUCCAUCUAAGCCAUUUUUAGGUUUGAUUGCAGCUUCAUCUGGUAUUUUAGGGAAUGUAUUAAAUGGCGAAUUUGAAUAUAAAGGUAAUUCAGAUUUUUAA